AUGGCUCCUGAAACACUGAAUACAAGCAAUACUUACGUCUUGAGCAACAAUUGGUCCGGAGCUCGCCGGAUCCUAGCAUCCCCGGACUCUCGAUCGUUGUCUAUGAUCAAUAUAGACGAUUGUGAUGAAACCAGCCAGUGGAAGUUCAGUGAGACUAACCGGCCGGGAUACUACCGCCUUCACACUGUCAAGGCUGGUACCUCCCGCGCGGUCGACGUGUUUGAUGAGGAGGGCGAAUUCAGACACCCGGUGCUAGUCGAGACAAGCUCCCAUGACGGACAGUACUGGCGCGUCGACGCCUGGGGCGACGGCUUCUACCGCUUCUCCAACGUAUUCACCGGUGACGAGAAGAAUCUGGACGUCUAUUUCGAUAGCUACGGCCCACAUCUUGCGCCGGGAAACUGUAUUGGCCAGCACUGGACGCUCACUGUGCAUAAUGCAAGGCGUGAGCCGUCAGCUAUCUCUUCCGACCUCGUCCAGGACUUGCGCCUCGAGUCCUCCGUCGGUCAUGAUGGCGUCACGCAGCACACGUACGCGCAUGCAGAACCGGGCAGUGGCCAGCGGGCUGCUCCCGUGACGGAGAACUGGAAGCAAUCGAGACUCUUAGGUCGCGGCGGCUGUGGUACUGUGUGGCUCGAGGUGUGCGUGUCUGGCCCGAAGCAAGGUGAGUUUCGAGCAGUCAAGAAAAUCAAGAAGCAGGAUAUGUGGGCCGAUACCAUCGACUACGGCCGAGAAUUGCAGGCCGUGGCCAAGUUCUCUCAUCGCAAGUAUAGUCACUGUUUCGUGCAAUCGAGUGGUUGGUGGGAUACUGAAUCAAGUGUCUAUAUUGCUAUGGAAUAUCUGAGUCUAGGGGAUUUGCAGGGUUACCUCGCAGAACCCCUACCUGAAGAUGAUACGAGGCAGAUAACAAGUCAAAUUGUAGAAGGCCUCAGUUUCAUGCAUGAGCAGCGAUUUGCUCACCGAGAUCUCAAACCACAAAACAUCCUUGUUCUACGAGAUCGCCCGGACUGGUGGGUGAAGAUUGCAGAUUUCGGGUUGAGCAAGCGUGUCGAGGGUAACACGGCACUGCGCACCCAAGUGGGAACGAUGGCUUACGUUGCCCCCGAAGUCCUAGGCAUCUUCACUUUAGAAGACCUCGCGCUUCCCCGCGGAACGAUACCAGUGUACAGCAUGGCUGUGGACAUCUGGUCAUUAGGAUUGAUGGUGUAUCGGAUGCAGACCGGCGAAGCCGCCUUCGAAGAGAGCCAAGACUUGUCGCACUUCGUGAUAUUGAGAAGGCCACUGUCUAAGGAGCUACUGCGCUCUCAUGGCACGUCUGAUGGUUGCAUCAAGUUUAUCGAGAGCUGCUUGAUUCCAUCGCCGAGAGAGCGCCCGACGGUCGAUAAGCUUGUAGGUGAUGCGUGGCUUGGUGGCUUAGCAGUGAUUCCUUCGCCGGGUCCAGGGCAGAACGAGGAGUGA